CCGAUUCCGGAAGGGGCUGCAUAGUGGCGGUGGUGGCGGCGCCAGGUUCUCCGCGGUGACUAGUGUUGCUCUGCUGCCAGAGGGGUGGGCUACACGGCAGAGUCAUGGUCGAGGAGGUACAGAAACAUUCUGUACACACACUUGUGUUCAGGUCAUUGAAAAGGACCCAUGACAUGUUUGUAGCUGAUAAUGGAAAACCUGUGCCUUUGGAUGAAGAGAGUCACAAGCGAAAAAUGGCAAUCAAGCUUCAUAAUGAGUAUGGUCCUGUAUUGCAUAUGCCUACUUCAAAAGAAAAUCUUAAAGAGAAGGGCCCUCAGAAUGCACCGGAUUCAUAUGGUCAAAAACAGUAUCCUGCCAGUCAAGGACAAGAGGUUGAAUAUGUAGUUACAGGGACGCAUCCAUACCCACCAGGACCUGGGGUGGCUUUGACAGCAGAUACUAAAGUCCAAAGAAUGCCGAGUGAGUCUGCUGCACAGUCCUUAGCAGUGGCAUUACCUUCUCCGCAGGCCAGGAGUGAUACAAAUCGUACUGCACCUGGUGGGAAUGAAUACCGUGGGGCUUCGGAACGCUCACAGCCUGCAGGGGUGAAUUCGAUGGUUAUGGAGACUGGCAGUACCAAGAACUCUGCACUGAUGGCUAAAAAAGCCCCUACAAUGCCCAAACCCCAGUGGCACCCACCGUGGAAACUCUACAGGGUCAUCAGUGGGCAUCUUGGCUGGGUGCGAUGUAUCGCCGUGGAACCGGGAAAUCAGUGGUUCGUUACUGGAUCUGCUGACAGAACUAUAAAGAUCUGGGACCUGGCUAGUGGCAAGUUAAAACUGUCACUGACUGGACAUAUCAGUACAGUGCGGGGCGUGAUAGUAAGCACGAGGAGCCCAUACCUCUUCUCUUGUGGAGAAGACAAACAAGUGAAAUGCUGGGAUCUGGAAUAUAAUAAGGUCAUCAGACACUACCAUGGACAUCUAAGUGCGGUGUAUGGUUUGGAUUUGCAUCCAACAAUUGAUGUGCUGGUCACCUGUAGUCGAGACUCAACUGCACGGAUCUGGGAUGUGAGAACUAAAGCCAGUGUACACACAUUAUCUGGACAUACAAAUGCAGUUGCUACAGUGAGGUGUCAAGCUGCGGAACCACAAAUUAUCACUGGAAGCCAUGACACUACAAUACGAUUAUGGGAUUUGGUGGCCGGAAAAACAAGAGUGACUUUAACAAAUCAUAAAAAGUCAGUCAGGGCUGUGGUUUUACAUCCCCGACAUUACACAUUUGCAUCUGGUUCUCCGGAUAACAUAAAGCAGUGGAAAUUCCCUGAUGGAAGUUUCAUUCAGAAUCUUUCUGGUCAUAAUGCUAUCAUUAAUACAUUGACAGUAAAUUCCGAUGGAGUGCUUGUAUCUGGAGCUGACAAUGGCACCAUGCAUCUUUGGGAUUGGAGAACUGGCUACAAUUUUCAGAGAGUUCAUGCAGCUGUGCAGCCUGGGUCUUUGGACAGUGAAUCAGGAAUAUUUGCUUGUGCUUUUGACCAGUCUGAAAGUCGACUACUAACAGCUGAAGCUGAUAAAACCAUCAAAGUGUACAGAGAGGAUGAUACUGCGACAGAAGAAACUCAUCCAGUCAGCUGGAAACCAGAAAUUAUCAAAAGAAAGAGAUUUUAACGUGGCGAUGUCUCCAUGGUGGUUCUUCUUUUUUUUUUUUUUUUUUUUAAGCUUGCCAUUGAUGAAAUCCAGUCAUUUUGUGCUCUGGCUGGGAAUAUAAAGAGAAACUCAUUUCUGGAACUAUUGCUGCUUCAUAUUUUACAGUAAACUGUCCCCUGUGGCCCUUCCCCAUCCCAUGUUUUUUUAUUUCUAAAAUAAACAAUUUGUGACCUAGAAAGUAAGAUGCAAAUGUCACAUGUAUGCAGGUUUAUUGAACAGAACUAAAGACAGUAUUUUGACAGUUUUAUUAGAAAAUCCCCCUUUAAAAA